UCGUCGACACCGUCCCCUGCUCCCUCUAUCCUCCAAACUAACCUUUCCCACCACAUCCGUUCCUACUACAUAGCAACCUACCAUGACAAAUUCUUCUCGGAGACCGCUCCGGCGUGGUUCUCCACCUUUAUCGCAAUGGAACUCGUCUAUCACGCGCCGUUGAGUCUCUGGGCUCUUGGCGCUUUGCUCAGAGAUGACCCCCUGGUCCCGAUGCAUUUGUUGGUGUUUGGAGUUCAAUCAUUCGUGACCUCGAGUGCUUGCUUGGCGGAGGUCUGGGGCUGGGACGAUCGCACGGUCGCCCAGAAGCAGGAUUUGACUAUGUUGUAUGCGCCUUAUGUGAUGCUUGGGGCGUUUAUGGCGUUGGACAUGCUCUUUAGGUUGCGGGGGAAGCUACUGGGUAAAUCUAAGAGCGAGUAA